GGCUGGCGGGAAGAUGGCGGCGGUGGCGUGUGUCGGGGUGCGGAUGAUGGAGACGGCCGUCACGGGGCUCCUGGAGCGAGACCUGAGCGAGGGGGAGCUGGGGGAAGCGAUCCGAGGCCUGCGGGAGCAUGGGGUGCUCCGGGGGGAGGGAUCCACGGCUGCCUUGUCUGGUCUUCUCAGUAGCUGCAGCUCACGUUUGAUGUCCGCGAGCACUCGGAUUGAGGGUCUCUCUUUACUAUCAUUGCUUGUUGAAGAGUCUCCCACAGAUGUUUUCCAGCAGCACUGUGUGUCGUGGAUCCGUAAUGUCCUUCAAGUCAUUCAGUCCCAGGACCCACCUCGUGUGGUCAGCUUUGCUGUCUUUGUACUGCGGUCUCUGCUUGCUCAUUCCUCUGUGCUGCCUGAAUUAUCUCGUGAGAUUUCUACAAAUCAUAUUCCAGGUCUUCUCACCUCCUUACUCGGGUUGAGGAACCAGUGCCUGAUCCCCGCUUUGGAAGGAAUCAGAUCGUGCUUGAUCUCCUAUUCGCGAGCCUGUGGCUCCCUACGGGGAAAACUCACCACAUUUCUCCUAAGUCUCCUGGAUGUUGAAAAUCUUCAAAUUCAAGAGCUCGCUUGUCAGUGCUUCUCUCUCCUCCCAUCACUUGGCUCAGGCUUUUCUCAAGGAGUCAAACACACCGAGAACUGGGAGAGGCAGAUACAGAGCGUCCUCUGCUCCCUGCACAGUGUGUUCCGGCAACUGUACCAGUCUGCGGAGACUGACUCAACCCGCUAUGAAGGUCCUGGCACUGAGCUGGAGCUGCCGAGCUUGGAGGAUGAUGGGACUCAUAGUGUCCUGCAGUUGGUUAGGCGGCUGACUGCAUUAGGGCAGUGUGUGGGCCUGCUAGUGAGGGAGCCAUUCCCAGCUCCAGUACGUGUUCCUGUGUCUGAUCUUCUCAGUUUUGUCUUCAGAGUGAUCAAUGUGAGCCCCAAAAACCUGAGUUGGCAGGGAGAAGAGUCUAUAAAAUUGCUGUUGCUUCCUCGGGUCCAUAAAUGCGCCCUGGACAUUCUGGAAGCUACUAUAAUAGCAUGUGGACCUCGUCUCUUGCCAUUUUCCGCUGUUAUCUGCCGUUUAUUCCCUCAACUCCUCAGCUCCUGGGGAGCCAUGAGAGGGGCAGCAGGGAUGGUAAUCGGACAAGAAAGGCCAUUCAGUUCCCUCCGUGAGUCUGUGUACCGUGUCCUGGAACAGUGGGUGUCCGUAUGUGGAGUUUCCUCGGGAGUUCUGCAAGGUCCAAUUCACCAUUCUGACAUCCUAUUGGCUCACCUGCUAAGUGACAUCACUCCUCCAUCAGACACCGUGAAGAUCUCUGGCUUUGUGCAGCUUGGAGCCAAGAAGCAGAAGGUCUCUGAGGUUGGGGGCGGUGACUUCCAGGCCCAUCGAAAAAAACAGUCCAGUGCCAAUACUGAACUCUGUGCUGCAGCCCUGCGAGUUUUGUGCAGCAUUGUCCUUCAUUGUGGGUCUGUAAUCAAAGAAGAUACACAUCGGAAACUCCAAGAGUUGUCCAUCCCACUCCUGAUACACCUCCAGCAAGGCUCGGAAACCUCUUUGGGCCCAUAUAUCAGCAGUGAGUGUCGAAAGGAAUUGUACAGAUUACUCCUUUCUUUAACGCUGACACCCAACCCACGUCUCCCUGCCCCCUUGCACUGCGCUGUCAGGAUCUUCAGUGGAGGUGUGACUGAGGAGAGCAUGCAGGUCUCCCUGUUUUGCGCAGAGGCUCUUGCUAUAUGUCGUGUUCUCAUUCAUCCUCGUGGCCCUUCACUUCAACAUCCAUUGCCAUCCCAAGGCCCCCGUUCUUCAAUGCCAACUGUAGAUGUACCAAACCAGAGACCUCCUGCUCCUCCUCCCACUUUUCCUGUCCCACCUCCAGCUAAUCAUCUCCCCACAAGGCCUCCGGUUCCUCCCCAACCUAUUGAGCCUGCUGUUACUGCUGCAGAGCCAUCCCCGCCUCAAGAAGAGACCUUUGGUGGACGACCUCGGCGUGCAGUCUUCAUUCACUUUGAAAAAGAGGAGCCGUCAGAUGUUGAGAUUUCUUUGGAAAGUGAUUCAGAUGACAGUGUGGUCAUUGUUCCAGAAGGACUACUCACAAAACCUACUCCAAAACCUGAACCCUCCCCACCUGCAGUCAAACCUUCAGCAGAAGAGACCACAGAGGUACCUGCACAGCCUGUGGUUCCAUCUGCUAGUACGUUACCUCCACUACCACCACCGGCAGCAUGCCCUGGACCUUCCCCCGCCCCACUUCCACUAUCUCUUCCUGAAGUCCCUAUACAGCCUUUGCCAGAGGCUAGCAUGACUGUGAUUGAUAUCAAUAGCAGUGAUGAUGAAGAAGGAGAGGAAGAAGAGGAUGAAGAAGAGGAAGAAGGAAUGUAUGAUGAUGAAGAAGAGGAAUUUUAUGAUGAAGAAGAGGAUGAAGAUCUAGAGGGGCUAGAUGAGGAAGACUAUGAAGAGGACGAGGAAGGUCUAACAGAGGAAGAAGAUGAGGAAGAAGAAGACAUUGAGGAGGAAGGAGAUGAAGAGGAUGAAGAAGAUGAUGGUCUAAUGCCCGAGGAGAUGCAGAUUGGUGCUACAGCAGAGGAAAUACAGGAGGAAAUUGAACCUAUUGAGCCAGUAUUACAAGAGAUAGAACACGAAGAGGGUCCACCUCGAUUAUCCCCUAUGCAAGAAGAUGAUGGUGGUGACACAGGUCUGCUAAUGUUGGUAGAAAGUGAGGAAAAGGAGAUCCCAGGUGAAGAACAAGAAGAUAGAGUGCCAGUAACUGAGCCAGAGGUCACGGACAGCCCACCUCCACCACCAGUGCUCACACCACCACCACCUCCAACACUGCCUCCGGAGGUUGAGGAGACGGCUGUGCCACAGUCUGAACCCAUAGUGGAACCCAAAGUCCCUCUAGCAAUUGAAGAAACUGUUAAAGAAAUAGAGGUAGAAGACGAGAAAAAAAUGGAAGAGGAACAUAUUGAAGAAGUAGAGGAAAAAAUUGCAGAUGCAGACACUAUGUUGGCAGAUUUUGUUGACUGUCCUCCAGAUGAUGAAAAGCCCACAGAACCAACCACGUGAUGUCAAGUGGUUAUACAUUUCUCGUCAUGUUGAACUAUAAUUCCACAUACAUGCUGCUCCUAUUUUGAAAGACACACACCCUUUCCAUAGUUAAUAAAAUGUGUACUGAGCUCAUCACACUUCGUUUUGUUCAUUAUGAACUUUGCUAAUCUGAAUUGUAGUGCUUCUAGGGAAAAUUCUGGUGGAUGCUGCAUACUUGACCCUUGUGCUUUUUUUGUCUCCCAUGAGGCCUUGCCUUAAAGGGACUGUUUAGACACCAUAACAACUUAAUGUAUGUAAAGUUGUAUGUAUAGAUGUUAUGAGGCUAGGAGGCCCCCUGGCGCACUAUCACCGUGUAACUCCAAAGUGAAUCUCCAGCGCCGAUCCUCCGGCUGCAUCCAGCUUCUGAAUCUGUUUCAGGAACUGCGGAGUGACGCCAGGCAGGUACCCGCUGAUUGGCUGAGAGCGUUUGGCUGACGCCCUCGGCCAAUCAAUGACACACAAUUUAUAAAGCAGGCUUAAAAAAGGUAAGUUUCUUUUUAAGUCAGUUUUAUGCAUGGGGAGUCACUGAUUGGCUGAGAGCGUCACCUGGCCCACUUUGGGGUUAAACCGUUAGAGAACGGUUUAUCCCCUUAAGGACCAAACUUCUGGAAUAAAAGGGAAUCAUGACAUGUCACACAUGUCAUGUGUCCUUAAGGGGUUAAGGUAAGAGUGUGUCCAGGGGCCUCCUGGCAGCAAGUAAAAUUUGCACAUGUAAGAAAAACAUUGAUCAUAACAAUGUAGUUGUUAUGGUGACCAGAGAGACCCUGUAAAUUUGGAUCAGUGUUUUUCUUACUAAAAUUCAGUGAUGGCAAACCACUGUAGUCCUGCAAUAAUGAAAUAAGUUCACUGUGGUACUCUGUAGAGUUGUUUGAGAGACCUGGUCCACAAUGGCAAUAAUCCAACACUUCAACAUAAAUUACAUUAUUUAAUGCAUAAAGAACAGCCUAUUCAGUUGUACAACGUUAGAACCUAAGCACAUGAGCCUAGGAUAUGCAUACAUUCCAAAACUGACUUGAUUGUUGUUGCACUGGGAUUACAUUGCACACAAUAGAUUAAUUUUAACAUGAACCUUUUUGUUCACUGAUCACUGGUGACGAUGGUAGCUUUCUAGAGCUCUCACUUGAAAUGGACAAUCCCCAAAUUGUAGACUGUUUGACGUUUUUGAUGGCUGAGUAGAGAACUACAGUUGUACCAUUCAUUCCUGUCUAAUAUAUGGUUGACAUACUCUGUGGUUUAUUUGUUACACAGAGAGUUUAAAACCAAAUGGCUGACCGGGGGGGAAAGAAAAAUCUCGAACUUUUCUAUAAUUAUUGCUUGCAUAAAUAACUUGGCCUGAAUUUUUAAAAGGUUUUUUAUUUUUAUUAUUUUCAUUCUUAAAAAUGCUUGCUUUAGUAGUGAACAAAUCUACAAAACCAGUUUGGAGAUUUUUAACAAUUCUCUAACAUUGCUGUAGUUAUAGCUUGGCCGGUGCAGCCAAUUUUUGCUACCGAUUUUUAUUUCAGUACAAUUCGGGGUUUAGUGCAUAUGAAGGUGGGUGUGGUUCUAUAGUCUGCAAGGGCCAUUGGCUUCUAGUUAUUUUAGGGUAAUUUGCUUUGUUGCAAAGAUUUUCACAGUGUUAAAGGAACAUUAUAGCGUUACUAAUGCAGUUUUGAAUUCCUAACAUUCGUGUCCCUAUUUCUUUAGGUUUGCUGCCCUCUCCCCUGGUGUCAAAAGGGUUACAAAACACUUUGUUAAAGGGACACUAUAGGAACCCAGAUCACUUCAGCUCACUGAAGUAGUCUGGAUGCAAUGUCCCAGGUUCCUGAACUGUGAGCAAGUAAUUAUUGCAGUUUUUAAGAAACUGCUAAAGUUAACUCCACCUCUAGUGGCUGUCUACCUGACAGCCACUAGAGGGACUUCCGGGCUGUUAAGCAACUUUUGGUCACCUAACUGAUGCUGGACAUCCUCACGCUAUUCAUGGGGACGUCCAGCGUCACCUAAAACCCCAUAGGAAAGCAUUGAAUAAUGCUUUCCUAUGGGGAAAUCUUAAUGCGAGAGUGGCAUGGCCGCGCAUGCACAUUAGUUCUCCACGCCGGCUGACGGAUGGGAAGGAGAGAAGGUGGACCAGAGCCAGUGCCGAGUGACAUCGGCGUUGGCCCAGGUAAGUAACAGAAGGGGUUUUAACUGGUGUAAUAUUUUCCCUUUAACUUGCCUCUUUCCUGUGCUGAGGUUCCCUCUUUGUCUCCUAUUGCCAUGGUGUCACACUGAUGAAUGAAACCACAUGCGCAAGUUCCCCAUGUCUUAGAGCUUCCCCAUGGGAAAUCAUUAAAUUUACAUGAGGAUGUCCAACGUUGUAUCAUGGCGUUAAACUCCGUGAUAAACUAGGAAGCACAUCUAGUGGCUAUUUGGACGAGUACUUAACCCAGACCAUUUUAAUGAGAUGAAGUGGUUUGAGAGCCUAUAGCAGGGGUCCUCAAACUCUGGCCCCCCAGAUGUUGCUGAACUACAACUCCUACGAUUCUCUGGCUAUCUAUGUAAUUCGAAGAAUCAUGGGAGUUGUAGUUCAGCAACAUCUGGGGGCCCGGAGUUUGAGGAUCCCUGGCCUAUAGUGUCCCUUUUAAAAGUGGAGGUCAUUGAUCAUGUAUUAGUGAAGGCUGAUACCAUGGCUGUACGCAGAGCCUCUCAUCCGAUCAUACAUCUGUCAGCAGCUGGAUUGAUUUUCAUUUGGAUAAUUAGUAUGCCCUGUAACUAUGCUUAGCAGCGGUAGAUUACGUGGCCUCUUAAAUAACCCAGAGUACCAAUGUGGAUUUAUACAGCGUUAUUAUAGGACAAUGUUCUAUAGAAUGAGCGGUCAUUUGGUUUCUCCUAGUGAUUACUAGUGCUGAAACAUUGUAGCAUAUCUAUGGAGCCAUGCUUUAUUGUAACCAUCCAGUGCAUUCACAGGGGCCAUAGUAGCUGGAUAAGGGUGUGUGUGUGUGUGUGUAUACAUACAUGUAUCAGAGUAGCUGGGCAUGUAAAAGGUUAUAUUGCCAUCUUCUCAAACAAUGUGACCUUUUUUUUGUUGUUUUCAUUUUUUAUACAUGAGUUUUUGUUAGCAUUUUGUCAAUAAAACAUUGCUUGUGCUGUACCUGCUA